CGCGCUUGCGCAGUUUCCUUUUCCUUUGCAGACGUAUCGUUUUUUAAACCGGAAGUUCAUCUCCUUCGGUUUGUUCUCGCUAAUUCUGUCAAGUUUAUGGUAGUUCAUUUCAGUUGGAAACAUGCUGUCUAUAUUCAAGUCCAUCCCCACGCAUAUGGAUUAUAAAGGUCAGAAGCUGGCAGAACAGAUUUUCCAGGGAAUAAUACUCGUUUCAGCGGUGAUUGGAUUUGUGUACGGUCUGAUCAUUGAACAGUUCGGGUGGACAGUAUACAUAGUCUUGGCUGGUUUUGCUGUCUCCUGUGUGCUGACCCUGCCCCCAUGGCCCAUGUACAGAAGGAAUCCUCUGUCCUGGCAGCCAGUUAUACCAGAGAGCAGCGGGGAGCCCAGCCAGAAACCUCAGGAAACCACCAAGAAGAAGAAGCACAAAUAACUCAGAACCAUCCCACAUUUGCCUGUUAAUCUAUCUUUUUAUACUGGAUGUUGUACUGAAGUCUGUCUCACAGUUCACAUUUGAAGCAUUUAGUUAGAAAAGUUUGUUACAGUAUUACUCAACAAUGAAACUUGUGUUUGAAAUAAACACCUGAUACAGUCUAUGUUUUAUAAACGUGAUGUUUAUGUUUGAGAAUACUAAUACUAAUGUGUUAUGUACACAUAUUUAGUAAUUUUCUUUUUCAUUUGCUGUCAAUUAAAUAUUUGAUUCUGAUUUUCAAUAUAAUGAAAAGUAGGUGCAAACAAGAAAUGCAUACAAGAUUUAUUAGAAAUUAUUCAAAUGUUAAUAUCUACAGUAUGUCUAGUUUACAUUAUUUGGGGUAUGAGAAAAUACAGUCGAGCAGUAGGAGGAAGAUCUAGUGUCCUCAACAGAUGAAACAAUUAUAGAAAUUCUGGCUUCCAUUCUAAAUAAAGGGAUAUUCCACUAUA